AUGGAAGCAGAGUUAAAGAAAGAAGAAUUGAAGAUAAGGCAACUGGAGUUAAAAAAAGAGUUCCCUGUGGUAGAUGAGGUGGCACACCACGACACUGCAAAAGUACAGGUAAAGUACCCCAAAUUACCUGUGUUCAAUGAUAAAUGCGAUAACAUUGAUGCAUACCUUCAGCGGUUUGAAAGGUUCGCUAGGAACGCAGAUUGGUCCGAAGAAGUGUGGGCCAUCAGUUUAGCCUCCUUAUUGCAAGGUAAAGCCCUGGACAUAUAUCACCAAUUAACCCCUUCAGAAGCAAAUAAUUUUGAGCUGGUAAAAUCAGCACUAUUAAAGGGAUUUGAUUGCACAGCCGAGGGUUUUAGAACUAAAUUUAGAAACUGUAAAUUUUCUACGGGAGAGACUGCCAAACAAUUAAUAGCAAGAAUGACAAAACUGUUUGAGAGAUGGACUGAGAUGGCGGAAUGUGAAAAAGAGUACGAGGUUUUAAAGGAACUGAUCAUCAGAGAGCAAUUUCUAUCCUCAUGUGACUGUAACCUGAGUUUAUUCCUAAAAGAGCGAUCUCUAAGAACUUUACAAGAGCUACAGGAGAAUGCGGAUCGUUUCCUCGAGGCCCACGGAAACCAAGGGACUCGAGCAAUGACACACCAGUCGCAGGUAUUCCGCCCUCCUCAGCCCUCCACGCCCAGCAUCCCAGCAACGGAAAAAGGCGCAGUGCGGGGUCAGGUAACUUGCUUCAUAUGUAAUAAACGGGGACACAGGGCAUGGGAAUGUUAUUUCAGGCCACCGAAUGUUCGAGGAAAAACGAGCAGACCACAGCCGCGGAAGGAAGAUGCAGCCGCCCCAGUAAGCAGUGUUGUAGUUGCACCAGAAACUAGUGUGAAAUGGAGUCAAGGAGAAGAAGCAAAGGAGAGUGAAAAGAAAGCUGUAGAUGGAGAGGAAUUGUGUGGAGGAACUCUAGCCAAAGGUAAGGAGAAGUUGAAGACUGCUAGAGGAGAAGUAGAAGGAAGAAAAGCCAUAGUACUGAGGGACACAGGAUGUUCAACAGUGUUGGUAAGGAGAAGUCUGGUUCCGUCGUCUAAAUUGACUGGUAAGGAAGUGGGCAUAAUGAUGGCAAAUUCUAAAAUUUAUUAUUACCCUGAGGCAGUAAUUGAUGUCAAAACCCCCUAUUAUACUGGGAGGGUGAAUGCCGUAUGUCUACCACAGCCCCUGUAUGACUUGAUAAUUGGGGAAAUACCAGGAGCAAGUACAGGUGAGGACGACGCACGAACGGAAAAGUGUGGAGUGAUGACGAGAAUGCAGACCAGAUUCGAGAGUGAAUGUAAAAGGAAGACACCAGUGUUGAAGAUAGCAGAGGUUACGAAAAUGUUGAACACGAAUAUACAGAAAACUCAAGAGGAGGAUAAAAGUUUGGAUGGAAUUCGGAUAUACGUACAAAAAGGUAAAGUUUUUAAAAGGAUGAAAAAUAAUGAAAUAUCUAAAUUCGUUUUGAAAAGAGGACUGCUGUACAGGCAUGUGAUGACGGGAAAACGACAACGGGAUCAACUCAUUGUUCCUCAAGCGUGUCGCCAAGCUAUCCUGGAGCUGGCCCAUUCAGGCAUUAUGGGAGGCCAUUUAGGCACAAGCAAAACUAAAGAUAGAAUACUUGCACAUUUCUUUUGGCCAGGUGUUACUGUCGCUGUAACUCGCUACUGCAGAUCAUGCGACGUGUGUCAACGGACGGUGGAUAAGGGGAAGGUGAGCAAGGUCAGACUGGGUGACAUGCCGCUCAUUGGUGAACCAUUUUCUCGCAUGGCCGUAGACCUGGUGGGGCCGCUUGAGCCACGAUCUUCAAAUGGCUCUCGGUACAUCCUGACGGCAGUGGAUUAUGCUACGCGGUACCCCGAGGCUGUCGCUCUUCCAAGCAUUGAUACACCCACAGUAGCAGAGGCCUUGGUUACAAUCUUCAGCAGGGUAGGUGUGCCUAGAGAGAUUUUAUCUGACAGGGGGACACAGUUUACCUCUGACAUAAUGAAAGAAGUAUAUCGCUUACUUUCUAUUCAGUCUUUGACCACUACACCAUACCAUGCUAUGUGCAAUGGUCUUGUUGAAAAAUUUAACGGGACACUAAAGAAAAUGCUUAAAAGGAUGUGUGUUGAGCAGCCCAAGGAAUGGCACCGCUACUUGGCACCCCUUCUAUUUGCUUACCGCCAAGUACCCCAGGCCAGCACGGGAUUCUCUCCCUUCGAGCUGAUUUACGGACACACCGUAAGAGGACCGCUAACACUGCUGCGUGAGUUAUGGGACGGCAGUCCGGUUGAUGAUGAGGUAAAGUCUGCAUAUGAGUAUGUAAUUAACCUACGAGAAAGGUUGGAAAAUACAUGUAAAAUGGCUUUAACAGAAUUAAAACAGGCGCAGGAGGUAGCCCAGCACUACUACGACCAGAAAACCAAAGACCGAAAUAUUGUGGUUGGCGAUGACGUCUUGCUACUGUUGCCUACCAAUACCAACAAGCUGUUGUUCCAGUGGAAGGGACCGUUCAGAGUCUUAGGCAGCCCUAGCAAAUGGAACAAGGUGGUGGAUGUAAACGGGACUCCGAGAAAAUAUCACGUUAACAUGUUGAAGCGUUACGUGUACCGCGAAGGCGAAAAGAAAACGGAGAAAACCGCCGUCGCCGUGGUGGCGUCCGACGCUGUGCAAGGUAAAUUAAUUACAAUUCCCAGUUACCACCAGCAGGAGACGUGGAAAGACGUACAUUGCAAUAUUCAUUUACCAGACGAUCAGCAAGAAGAUCUAAAGGAAAUUUUACGCAAGUAUGAAACUGUAUUAACGGAUGUUCCAGGUAAAACUAAUGUGACUGAAUACAGAAUUGAGGUGACGGUGCCCGACACUAUUAGAGUAAAACCUUACCCUAUUCCUUACAGCUUAGAGGAUGUGGUGAGAGAAGAGCUCUCUCAUAUGAUGCAACUUGGCAUUAUUGAAGCAUCGGACUCCUCGUUCUCGACUCCUAUUUUAGUUGUGCCUAAAAAGGAUGGAAAACAUCGGCUUUGUUUAGAUUUCAGGAGACUAAACAAAAUUGUUAAAUUUGAUGCAGAACCCAUGUGUGAUCCAGAAUCCAUAUUUUGCAGGCUAAGUCACAGCAGAUAUUUUUCGAAGAUCGACCUGACAAAAGGUUACUGGCAAAUACCUCUGGAAAAGGAUUCCGGAAGUUUACCGCUUUUUCUACUCCUGCAGGUUUGUUUCAAUUUACAGUCUUGCCAUUCGGCCUGGUUAAUGCCCCUGCAGCGUUUAACAGACUCAUGA